CAGAAAGCGCUUUUUGGUGUUGUCAUUUAAUAAUCAAUGAAAAAAACUUGUAGUUUAAGAAAAAAAUGAAAAUAAUUGUGCUUUGAAGAGUUAUGUUAAGGUUUAUGUUGCAUAAAGUUAAUAGGCUAUCUAUUAUCUAAUCGCGAAAGGUAAAGUUCGCGAGUUAAAUUAGUGAAAUUGACGUGAAGAACACAAAUGGCUACGACAGUAGAAAAAAUUGAUAAAAUAGAAAAGAUUCAUGACGAUAUUUCUUCAUCAAAGAAUUCAGAACAAACAACGACUGCCAGAGAAUCGGAAACGACAUCAGAUUAUGUGAGGACAGGUGGUGCGCAUAAUGAGACAAUGUCGGAAGGAACUAGAGGGAGCGCUAUCAACAGCUCCAUAUCAAGGACGGCAAAGUCUGAUAAAGAGAAGAAAAUUGGACAUCGGAGAGUCGGCGAGGAUGGCGAAAUUACGUAUAAAAAGAUCCAGACGAGUACCAUUAUGGGCUCAAUUCAAUUAGGAAUACAACAUACAGUCGGAAGUUUAGCCUCUAAACCUAAACGUGAUUUAUUAAUGAUGGACUUCUGGGAAAUGGAAACAAUUUCAUUUCCACCCGAAGGAAGCAGCAUGACACCUGCUCAUCAUUACAGCGAGUUCAGAUUCAAAAUUUAUGCGCCUAUCGCCUUCCGUUAUUUUCGAGAUUUAUUCGGUAUACAGCCAGAUGAUUUCAUGAUGUCCAUGUGUUCAGCUCCAUUGCGAGAACUUUCAAAUCCUGGCGCAUCAGGUUCCAUAUUUUACUUGACCGACGAUGAUGAGUUUAUUAUCAAAACGGUUCAGCAUAAAGAAGGUGAAUUCUUGCAGAAACUUCUUCCAGGCUAUUAUAUGAAUCUUAAUCAAAAUCCCCGAACACUUUUACCAAAAUUCUUUGGCUUAUAUUGUUAUCAAUGCAAUAGCAAAAAUGUCCGUCUUAUUGCAAUGAAUAAUUUGUUACCGUCUUCGAUAAGGAUGCAUUUGAAAUAUGAUUUAAAAGGAUCUACUUAUAAGCGUAAAGCAAAUAAAUCGGAAAUGAAAAAAAAAUCUCCGACUUAUAAGGAUUUAGAUUUUAUGGAGCAUCAUCCAAAUGGAAUUAGUUUAGAAGCUGACACAUACGCGGCAUUAAUUAAAACAAUUCAAAGGGAUUGUCGAGUACUUGAGUCUUUUAAAAUCAUGGAUUAUUCGCUACUCGUUGGUGUUCACAAUAUGGAUCAAGCUCAAAAAGAGAAGCAGGAAGAAAUGAAAAAUAGACAUGCUAGAAAAGAAUCACGUGGUGGCGACGAAUCAGACUUAGAGGAUGCUCCGGAAGCAGAUCAAGCAAUGCAUGAAGACAGGGCUGGAACUUCAUUAAAUCGCACUAGUGCACUUCACAGAUCCAUUAAUCGCCAACGUUUAGUUGCACAUAGUACUGCAAUGGAGAGUAUUCAAGCAGAAAGUGAACCGAUUGACGAGGAGGAAGACGUUCCACCCGGUGGCAUUCCAGCACGAAAUGAUAAAGGAGAACGAUUGCUUUUAUUCAUUGGUAUUAUCGAUAUUUUACAAUCGUAUCGAUUAAAGAAGAAAUUGGAACAUACGUUCAAAAGUAUCAUUCAUGAUGGUGAUACCGUUUCUGUACAUCGCCCAUCUUUCUAUGCUCAACGUUUUCAAGAUUUCAUGGCCAAGACUGUAUUUCGAAAAAUUCCAUCGCCUCUCAAACAUUCACCGUCGAAACGGAAAAGUUUAUCAAAGGUCGCGCAUCAAAGAUCAACUGAAUCCGAGGCUGACAGUCAUGCAUCAGGAUCGGUCAACAUGCAAUUGAUUCGUGCAAUCAAUAAAGCCAAUAAGAGCAAUAAUAACUAUAACAAUAAUAAUAAUAGUAAUAAUCAGACGUCCUCCUCGAAUAACGUCACAACAACAAAUAGUAAGGUUGUAAUUGUUGCUCCGCCAACAGCAGCUGAAAAGAGUCAAGCACUUCUAGUCAGCCAAUAUGCCAAUUCGUCAAGUGGUGCUGUUGCAACUCCAGUCAGUCCCAGUGCAUCGUUACCGCCAUUAAAAAAGCGAACGUCAAUUGUUAAACAAUCUGUGCCACCUCCUGUUCCACCGCGUGGUUCGCCUCGAUCUAAAAGUAAAAAAUCAUUCACAAAUUCAUAUAAUUUCUAUUAUCGCACUAGUAAUAGAUGUCAUAAAAUUGAUCAUGAUAAAUUAAAGACUUUAGAAGCUAUGAGUGCUGUUAGUGGCACACAAAAGGUUAAGAAAUGGCUUGAAUCUGUUGAGAUUCCUGAUGAAGUCAUGUCGCCAGAUGAUGAGAUAGCAAAAUGUCAGGAAUUUAAAUUUAAAAGUGUCAAACGUCUCAUUGACUCAUUCACAAUGAAGGAUGGAUGUUCAAUUAAAAAGCCGGUUGUGAAUAAAGCAAGAAUCUCCGAUAGUAGUUUAGUUAAGGCUCGUGUAGAAAAUUAUAAUUCUCUUGAUCAUAGUGCAAUAGCUAAGCUAAAUAGAAAAGCUCAAUCAUUGUACAUAAAUGAGACAGAUUCAGGAAUUGAAAGCUCGAUUAAAGUGACAAACAGGCUCUUGUCGUCAGCCAAAAAAGAUAAAAUCGCUCAUCAUCAAUUCAGUCGUGAUGGCUCUGCCCCAUCAUGCUCAUCAACGCCACCACCCGCAUUUGACGAUAUCAGCGAGCAUGGAGUUUAUAACAAUCAAACGAAAAAUUUAAGCAAUGACUAUAGAAGUUCUAGUGAUAAGAGACUAAAUUCGCCUCGCAGUACGAGUUAUCGUGAAGAUUCCGUUAGUAUAUCAGACAUUCGUUUAGAAACACAAUUAGCUAAGGACUCAACAUCAUCAAAUAAUAGUAAUUAUGGCUCGAGAGGAGCUUUGGCUUGGACUCCACCAACAUCAAUGGAGGGCUCAACUCCAACAUGGACGGAAGGCACACCGAGUUUUACAGAAUCAAGCUCUAGUGAAAAUGGUGAAAUUGAAUUGUCUGGUUCCUCGUCACCUCUCAAUCAUUCAUCAAUGUCAGAUAAGCACAAGCCAACUGUUGAGAAAGCCCUUAACUCCCUAACAUCCGAAAUGGUGAGAGUCUGUUAUACUGAUUCUAAAAGUAUUAGAAUUCUUUACAAAUCCCAAGAUUUAUAAGAACAAUAAACACAACCAACAUCAUACACACACAUACACACGCAUGUAUGAAAUUUGUAUAGAACAGAAAAAAAAGAUAAAAGAUGUGAAAAAAAAAACUUUUUUCCUAGAAAACAAAAAAAUAUUAUUUUAAUUAAAACAAUACACGCGUACAUUGUUGAAGACCUUUACAAGUCAUUAUCUCUUGUCUUUUUUUUUCAUGAUCCUUUAAUGUAACUUUUUUUCUUGCUUUUAUUUUUGUUAUUCAACUUAUUUUUGUAUAAUGUCAGGAACAUGUAUAGUUAAUUUUAUUCUUAUUAUUCUUACUUUAUUUUUUGUUGUUAAAAUAUCCACGAAAAUGAUCCUAUAUAAUCGUAUAGCCUUAAAAAAAAAUUUUCUCGAAGAUUUGCAUCUUGAUAACGACAGUCGAGC